AUGUGUGGUAUUUUUGCUGCUUUCAAGCACGAAGACGUGCACAGAUACAAACCAAAGGCUCUACAACUAUCAAAGAGAAUUAGACACCGUGGUCCAGAUUGGUCCGGCAAUGCGGUCAAGAACUCCACUAUUUUCGUUCAUGAAAGACUUGCCAUUGUUGGUUUAGACUCUGGUGCUCAACCAAUCACCUCUCCAGAUGAAAACUACAUGCUAUGUGUUAACGGUGAAAUUUACAACCACAUUCAGCUAAGAGAAGAAUGUCCAGACUACCAGUUCAAGACGCUAAGUGACUGUGAACCCAUCAUCCCAAUGUACUUGAAGCAUGACAUCGAUGCUCCUAAGUACUUGGACGGUAUGUUCGCUUGGACUCUAUACGAUGCCAAGCAAGAUCGUAUCGUAGCAGCCAGAGACCCAAUCGGUAUCACCACUUUAUACAUGGGCCGCUCUUCUGCUUCCCCAAAGACCGUUUAUUUUGCAUCUGAACUAAAAUGUCUCACCGACGAUUGUGACACCAUCACUGCAUUCCCACCGGGCCAUGUAUAUGACUCUAAGACCGACAAGAUCACACGUUACUUCACCCCAGACUGGUUAGAUGAAAAACGUAUUCCAUCCACACCAAUAGACUACUUGGCUAUCAGACACUCAUUGGAAAAAGCUGUUAGAAAGAGAUUAAUGGCUGAAGUUCCAUUCGGUGUUCUUUUGUCAGGUGGGUUAGAUUCCUCUUUGAUCGCCGCCAUCGCUGCCCGUGAAACCGCUAAGGCCACCAACGAUGUGGAACCAUCCACCUACGAUAACAAGGCCAGACACCUAGCAGGUGUCGACGACGAAGGUAACCUACACACAGCUGGCUGGACAAGUCUCCAUUCCUUUGCCAUCGGUUUGCCAAACGCUCCAGAUUUGCAAGCUGCCAGAAAGGUCGCCAAGUUUAUCGGCUCUACCCAUCACGAACACACUUUCACACUGCAAGAAGGUUUAGACGCUUUGGACGAUGUCAUCUACCAUUUGGAAACCUACGAUGUCACCACCAUCAGAGCAUCCACUCCAAUGUUCUUGCUAUCCAGAAAGAUCAAGGCUCAAGGUGUCAAGAUGGUUCUUUCCGGUGAAGGUUCAGACGAAAUUUUCGGUGGUUAUCUAUAUUUCGCGCAAGCUCCUUCUGCCGCGGAAUUCCAUACCGAAUCUGUGCAGCGUGUUAAGAACUUACACUUGGCUGAUUGUUUGAGAGCUAACAAGUCUACUAUGGCUUGGGGUCUAGAGGCCCGUGUUCCAUUCUUGGACAGAGAAUUCUUGCAAUUGUGCAUGAACAUCGACCCAAGUGAGAAAAUGAUCAGACCAAAAGAAGGCCGGAUUGAGAAGUACAUUUUAAGAAAGGCCUUCGAUACCACAGACGAACCUGAAACUAAGCCAUACUUGCCAGAAGAAAUCUUAUGGAGACAAAAGGAACAAUUUUCCGAUGGUGUUGGUUACUCCUGGAUUGACAGUCUAAAGGAUACUGCCGAAGCUGUCAUUUCCGAUGAAAUGUUCGCCAAUCCUAAGGCUGAAUGGGGCACCGACAUCCCAACCACUAAGGAAGCUUACUGGUACAGAUUGAAGUUUGACGGCUUGUUUCCUCAAAAGACUGUCGCUGACACCGUCAUGAGAUGGGUUCCAAAGGCUGAUUGGGGUUGUGCUGAAGAUCCUUCUGGUAGAUACGCUCAAAUUCAUGAAAAACACAUUGAUUAA